AUGUGCAGUCUUUUUCAUUUUCGCUUGGCACAGGAGCUAACGAGCACUGAUUCCAUCACUCGCUUGGCUGAGCAGCAGGCGCUGCGCGAGGUUGAGAUGAAGAAGCACCAGCAAAAGGUGCAACAAGCCAACCAGUCACUCCUGGAAGUGCAGAAGAUGCUGGAAAUGAGCUAUGCUCAAGAGAAGGUGUUGAAGGAUCGCAUCCGGGAGCUCGAAUCCAGCCAAGGCAGAAGCCAUAUGUCAGGUGACUAUUUGAAACAUGUCGUCUUGAAGUACAUUGAGUACUGUCAGAAGGGCGACAUGAAGUCUCAGUCUUUGGUGCCAGUACUUUGCACAUUGCUAAACCUGAAUGCCGCGGAGCGCAAGCUUGUUGAGCACAGCUCUAUCCCUGCGCCCUUGCAGCACCUCAAUCAGGCUGCUGGUGCUGCAGGUGCCUGGUUUCGGGGGUCGAAUGGUGAAGAUGAGUCCUCGCAUUCAUGA